AUGUCACAGUGGCUACAAGACUCCAUUAAAAAUGGCCUCAUAAAAUUCUUUGACUUCAACGAGUUCAGCGACGUCAAGGUGUUGGCCCGAGGUGCUUUCGGUGAAGUUUCGAGAGCGUAUUGGAACAGCGGUGAGAAAACGGUAGCGUUGAAAACUUUGUAUAACAGUCCCGAACUGGAAAAUGACAAGGCAUAUAAUGAUUUUAUUAACGAGUUUCAGUUGAUUCGUUCGGUCGAUUUUCACGAUAACGUUAUAAGAUUCUUUGGUUUAAGCCAAGGUGCCUCGACUGUUGUGUCUGACCACAUUCGCAUCGAUAGUAUUCCUUCUUUUAACAUCUUCAUCUUAACUAGAUAUCCCAAAUAA